AUGCUGUCGCGCAUUAGACAAGCUCAGGAGGCAGACAGGACUCUGCAGUUGGUGACUCAAUACAGCGCUACACAGUGGCCAGAAACAAGAGAUCUCUCUCCUGAAGUUCGUCUUUACGCAAGCGUUGCAGCCGAGCUCUCAGUUGUGGACGGUCUUCCCCUUAGGGGCGCCCGUCUGGUCGUACCUCCUUCGCUUCGGCAAGAAGUUCUCGAGAAACUACACGUGGGCCAUCAAGGCGUUUCAAGGUGCCGCGCUAACGCUCGCGAGACAGUCUGGUGGCCAGGAAUCAGCGCUAACCUUCAAGACUUCGUGCAGAAGUGCCCAACCUGCCAAGCACACAGGCGGCCAGGCGCUGAACCGUUGCUUCAGACUCCGCUUCCGCUAGCGCCACUGAAGAAAGCUGCAACCGAAGACGUCAUCUCGAAGCUAGAGCCGAUAUUUGCAAGAUUUGGGGCUCCCGACGUGAUCCGCUCGGACAACGGACCACAGCUCGCGUCGCACGACUUCAAACGGUUCCUGUCGAAACACAUCAGGCACGUGACGUCGAGCCCCUAUUAUCCCCAGGGCAACGGCGAGGCGGAACGAACAGUGCAGACGGCGAAGAUGCUACUUGCAAAAUCACCCAAUGUGCACCAUGCGCUUCUAGCACACCGGUCUACGCCUGGACAGUGCGGUUACUCGCCGGCCGAGCUGCUGAUGGGACGAAAGAUCAAGUCUACUGUGCCGACGACGCCCGACAAUCUUAUUCCACAGUGGAGCCACUUGACCGAGUACAGGAAGGCGUACCACGAGGCGCAGAAGUCUCAAGCGUCCACGUACGACACUCGACGGAGGGCGUGCGAACGCCAGAAGCUGCCCAGCGAAACACACGUUAGGUCUGGAGCAGCAACACACGGUACGAUUUUGGGCACAGGCUCUACUCCGAGGUCCUACGUCGUCCACACAAGUGCUGGGGUCACAAGGCGCACAAGCAGGCACUUGCAGGCGGAUUCGAGCUCGCAUCGGGAUGACCAGGCGGUCCAGCAGCGCUACAGUGAUCAAACAACGGGGGAGACCUCCCACGCAUCUCAAAACCAGGCUGAGGGACUGAGAACAAGGUCUGGGAGAAUUGUGAAAAAACCUGAACGAUACGGUGUUGUAGCACAAUAG